AUGAAGUUGCUUUGGGGCCUCGGCUCCCUUUUCGGCUGUGCGACAGUCGCUUUCGCCAAAAUCGAUCCUCCUUACUAUGCCAACCUGACCUGGCAGCCGGCUCGCAGUCUCUCCAACUGGUCCAACCUGACCGUGGAGACGCAGACGGGCACCUUUAUCGGCAUGCUAAACGACACCUAUCCCAAUGUUCGGCAAUUCCUGCGAAUUCCGUAUGCCAAGCCACCGGUUGGAGACCUUCGAUGGCUGCCCCCGCAAAAGCCGGACAAGUCGCGCAGAAAGUACGACUCGACGCGGUACGGUCCUGCCUGUCCACAAUAUGUCAGUGGCGAGAGCUCCAUGUGGAACGAAUAUGCUCCCCCCAACCUAUUGCUUAGCCUGGGUGAAGCCCUGAACCAGGGAGCGGUGGCCUGGUCUUCGGCGGAGGACUGCCUCUCCUUGGCCGUGUGGACCCCAUCUUAUGCAAAUCGGACCUCUAAACUCCCCGUGGCACUCUUUGUGACCGGUGGAGGAGGGACAACGGGAGGCAUUGAAAUCCCAUCUCAGCUGCCCGCCCCAUGGGUCUCUCGGUCGCAGGAACAUAUUGUGGUGACGAUCAAUUACCGCGCCAAUAUCUUCGGAAAUCCGAAAUCCAGGGCCCUGAACGAAACGUCACUCACGCUCCUGGAUGUCAGGGCGGCGGCAGAAUGGGUGCAUGAAAACAUCGAGGCUUUCGGUGGAGAUUCGCAGAACAUCAUGCUCUGGGGUCAAUCACAAGGGGCGGCCUUGACGCACCUCUACACCCUCGCCUUUCCCGACGACCCUCUCGCAGUCAAGUUCGGGGUUAUUUCGCAACCACCCUCCGUCACCAUCGACAUGAGCACUACCGACGAUGUCUACCAGGACUUCGACAUCGUCGCCAAGGCCCUGGGUUGCAACUACGGCGAUGAUGCUGAAGCCGAGCUCGAGUGCAUGCGUCAGGUGUCUUGGGUCCAGAUCGAGGAGUACAUCAACCGGUAUUCAGGCUCACCGUCAAUCGCAUUCAGUAACUAUAUCCCUGAUGAAAAGUACAUCUUCUCCAAUGAAUCGCAACGGUAUGCCGAAGGAAAGGUAGCCCGGGGACCAGCCAUCCGGUCCGAUGCGGCCAGGGAAAUGGCAUCGGAUAAUACUACCUCAGUCAUGAUAGCGGAAGGAGAAUGGGAUUGCAGGGCAGCCGAGGACUCAGCCCGGCGACGGGCUCUAGGGCUCGAUACCUAUCGGUACUUCUGGGCCGGCAACUUCUCCAACAUCAGUCCUGUGGACUGGUUGGGUGCCUUCCACUGGUCCGACCUGCUGAUGAUCUUCGGCACCUACCGAGAAGACGUGGGUGAGAUUCCACAGUUGGAGGUGAAGACAUCGGAAACCAUGCAGGAUCACAUCUUGGCAUUCCUAAAAGAUCCAUCCACGGUUAACGUUACCGUCGGGUGGCCGGCGUUCGAUGCGGAUAGUCCUGGCGGUGGUAAGAUCCUUGAAUUCGGGAAAGGGGCCCCGGUGCGCAUGGUGACUGGAGACUGGCUUGAUGGCGGGUGUUAUAACUCCUCAAUUCCCUUCCGUAUCUGGGGUUGA